GAGGUUCAUGCUGCACCUUCCCCAUCUCUCUGGCCGCCUCCUUCAAAUCAUCCGAAUUUCCUGCAGGGUUUAGACACGACUACUUGCAUAACGAGAGAAAAGCGAAACAACGGGAGGCCUAGGAAGGUGGCUUUUUAAAAAAAGUUUCUUCUUUGCUCUGUGUGAUUUCUUUUUCUCUCACCGGGCGAGCAUCAGAUGACAGCUCUACACCGAGGGAGGGAAAACCAAGCUGCCUUGCCACCAGCAGACAGGAUCUGCAGGACGCAGCGGCAGCUUCCCCAAAAAAGUGAUCGUCGAGAAAGAGCGAAAAGCCGGAGUGCAGCAAGCGGCGAGUUCGGGACACGAGGCUUUGGAGGGGCCACUCACGAGCGCCGGGUGAGACCGAGAGGCAAAGGAGCGGCAGCGGCAGCCAAGCGUUCCUUUCUCAGCUGCCCGCUCCUCUUUCCAAACCUGAAGAGGGCGUGCGGGAAAAAGACCCGGCGAGGGUUAUUCCCGGCAGGAAAGAGAGCUUGAACCCCGCAAGGGAGAAGGCCAGCCCAGGGAGGCUCUCCGUUGCCUGCCCGCCAGCCAGCCCGCGCGCUGCUCCUGCUGAAGGCCGGAUUCGGCAGCACUCGAGGAUGCUGUUGCUCCCGCUGUGGCUCUUGCUGCCGGAGCUGGCGCUCCUACUGCCGGCUCAGAAGUUCUCAGCGCUCACGUUUUUAAGAGUGGAGCAAGACAAGGACAAAGAAUGCAGCCUGGAAUGCACAGGGUCCCCCCAAAAGUCAUUGUGUGCUUCAGAUGGCAGGACUUUCCUGUCCCGGUGUGAAUUUCAACGGGCAAAAUGCAAAGAUCCACAGCUAGAAAUUUCCCACAAGGGCAACUGCAAAGAUCUUUCAAGAUGUGUAGCAGAGAGGAAGUACACCCAGGAACAAGCUCGCAAGGAGUUCCAGCAAGUGUUUAUUCCUGAAUGCAAUGAUGACGGCACUUACAGCCAGGUUCAGUGCCACAGUUACACAGGAUACUGUUGGUGUGUCACUUCUAAUGGGCGUCCAAUCAGUGGUACAGCAGUUGCACAUAAAACCCCACGUUGCCCAGGUUCUCUAAAUGAAAAACUUCCACAACGUGAAGGUACAGGAAAAACAGAUGAUGCUUCAGCUCCUGCACUGGAGACUCAGCCCCAAGGCGAUGAAGAAGAUAUAGCUUCUCGUUACCCUACGUUAUGGACUGAACAAGUAAAAAGCAGACAGAAUAAGACCAAUAAAAAUUCUGCAGCAGCAUCAUGUGACCAAGAACUUCAGUCAGCUUUAGAAGAAGCUAAGCAACCCCAAAAAGACAAUGUGUUCAUUCCAGAGUGUGCCAGUGGUGGCCUUUACAAGCCAGUGCAGUGCCAUCCUUCCACAGGAUACUGCUGGUGUGUCCUCGUGGAUACAGGACGCCCCAUCCCUGGUACAUCAACAAGAUAUGAACAACCCAAGUGUGAUAACAGUGCCAGAGCUCAUCCAAGCAAAACAAAAGAUUUGUUCAAAGGACGCCAGCUUCAAGGUUGUCCAGGACCUAAGAAGAAUGAGUUCCUGACAAGUGUUCUGGAUGCACUUUCCACAGAUAUGGUGCAUGCUGUCUCUGAUCCUUCCAGCAGGCUUUCAGAACCAGACCCCAACCACACUCUGGAGGAAAGAGUUGUCCACUGGUAUUUUAAACAGCUGGAUAAAAAUGCUAGUGGUGAUAUUGGCAAAAAAGAAAUCAAACCUUUUAAGAGAUUCCUGAGAAAAAAGUCCAAGCCCAAGAAAUGUGUGAAAAAGUUUGUGGAAUACUGUGAUGUGAAUAAUGACAAAUCUUUAACAGUUCCAGAACUAAUGGGUUGUCUGGGUGUUACAAAAGAAGAUAACAAGGCAGACACAAAAAAACGCCAUACUCCAAAAAAUAAUGGUGAAAGUACUCCUUCCAACAGGCAGCAAACUUCAAAGAAGCAAGGCUGAACACUUCAUAUCCAAGACAGACCUCUUGGAGAUGUGGGAGACUCACUCCCCAAAAGGCUAUUUUUAAUAAAUAAAUAAAUAAACAAUUGUAGUAUUUGCACUUUGUACUUUAAAUGUAAAUUCACUUUGUAGAAAUGAGAUAUUUAAACAGACAUUUAAGAAAAUCUGUGAAAAUGUAGUAACAGCUUGUUUUUAAACAAUUAUCACAUACAAUGUAUGUGUCUUUUAUUGUUGUCUGAAAUCUGUACUUGUUGGAGGUGUAAAAGUUUGCAUUUAAUCUUUUUUGAAAGAAAAAUGUGCUGUUGGAUAUUAACAUAGAAACUAGUCUGGUAGUUUUUUCUUCUCAGUAACUUUGCUUGCUUUCUGCGUAACUAUUAAUUUUUAUCAAGUUAUACUGAAAACCUGCUCAAUUUGAAGUCUACUGUGCUCACAGUGUUACUUAAUAUGUGCUUGAGAUUGCAUGUUCCUAAGUCUAAACCAAGAAUUGGAGAUUGAUGGUGACUUCUUGUGUACCUUUUAUAAGCAGAGGGAAGUUUUCUCUGUUGCAUUCAGGGUGUUGUUUUAAAAAUUGUGUUGACUUUCUAUAGAACACAAUUGUACAUCAAGAAUGCAACCACUAAUUUAUAUAUAUAAAAAAACUUUUGUAGAUUUGUUUCUAUCCUUUUCUUUCUUAGAGGACAUCAGUGUAUGUUUAUAUUUUUUUUCUAUUUUUUUCUUUGCUUUUGCUUUGGUUUAGUCAGCCAACAAACUGACAAGAAGUUUAUUGUAUCACUCACAGUGGAUUCUGCCAAGUCCUAGAAUACACAUAAUAAGGCAAUAAAGGGGCACAUUUGUUCAGUAUUGUAAAUCUAAUUAUAAGAAGACAAAGAAGGCAGAACAGGCUUGUCAGUCUUUUUCUUUUCCUUACACUUGACUGAACCGUGAUAUGCAACUUGUGGUGCCCCAGGAUCUACCAAAAGGUAAAACUAUCACUUGAACAAAUUAUGAACAGUUAUGGUAGAGAGGUGCAAUCAGCCCAACUCUCCCUCAGGGCAUUGUUCUUGCCAUAUGGGAGAUGUUCUUACAAGUUUUCAUACCUUUCCUGUCAUUUGGAGGGAGGGGUGUUUUCUUUCACCCCUUUCCUGGAAUGCUUUAAGGGAACAAGAACAGAUGUGAACUUCGUGGCAAAAGAUUUGAAAUAAUAAUAAUCACAAUAACAAUAAUAAUAAUAGAUAUUCACACCCUGGACAGUGAUAAAUUCUAAGCAGCCAGAGAGAUCAACAGGUAUGAUGGACAAAGUGUGUGCAUCAUGAGGAAAAAAUGUGAAGUGGACAGUUGGGAUUUUAACAAUGAGAAGAAAUCUCUUUAGUUCUUUAAAACAAGAUAAUGUUGAACAGUAUAUGGAAUAACUUGGUUAAUCCUGUUCUGACUCAGUCUCUGUCACAUUUAUAUCUGCAUCUAUAGCUGCAUGAUAAUAUACUGCUGGAUGAUUUUGUACACAUUGGAUUUGGGAAAAAGAAAAUGAAUCUUAUGGCCAAAGGCAUGAGGAGGAAGGAAAAAGGAACAAAAAUGCUUAUCUUUGUGUUAAAAAACAAACAUUUUUACUCAAAAUUUAUCUAUCUUUUUUAUUAAUGCUAAACUUUGAAUUUAAUCUGUUUAGAUUAAAAAUGUAGUAUGCUCUGAAA